AUUAUUUAGAAAAGAUAACUUUAGUGAGUUGUCCAGUAUCUACAGUAUCUCUGAAGGAUGGAGAAGGGAGGCUUUUAUGAAUUAGAAUACAGGGAGCAUGGAUUGGGGAUUGCAAUUACAGCCAUAUUUCUGGCUGGUGAGAUGGCUGGGACUGGGGUACUCUCACUUCCACAUGCACUAAAGGAUACAAGUUUUUACGGGUUGAUGCUGAUCACCUUGUUUACCGUCAACACUAUGUAUGUUGGAUCCAGACUAGGUCUCUGUUGGGUUAUGAUGGAGGAACGAUAUGAAAAAUUUAGAGGACAGGUUCGAGAUCCUUACCCAUCCAUUGGUGAGGUUGCAAUAGGGAAAAUAGGUCGGCACGUAUCCAGUAUUUGUAUCGCCUGUACCCUGUAUGGUGGAGGAUGUGUUAUUAUUGUCUUAAUAUCAG